GUGCAGCUAGCAGGGCGGAUUAACGGUGUUGAGUACCUCCAGGCCGUGAAGACGACCACGACCUCCAGAAGCACAGCGACCUCGAUAAAGAUUGGGGAGGACCUCCACGAGCAAGACGUGAAGCUGACAGGUUGUCAAUUUAUUGCGCAACAAGAACUACUGCAUGACAGACCUCGACCUCCGCGAGGAUCAACAUUAAAAACGGGGGGACGAGUAGACAUAGACAACUCGUCCUCUUCUUUCGUCACCUUCCAGUACGAAUACGUCUACCGAAAAAAUAAACUUACGCACAAAAGAACGACUGCUCGUUCAGCCGAUACGAAUGGUGCACCAGCAGCAGCUCUAAGCAACAUCAACAUGUUGGCCGCUGUGCUGGAUGACAACAACAAGGCUCUCCCGGGAGAUGAACGUGUUGAACGGGAGCCCCCGCCUGCUUUGGCAUCAUCACACCAGUAUCUGACUCUUACCGGCACAACCGAGCCGUUUGCCGCAGAUGAAAAGGUGCAGUUGGUGACCCCGAGGACAACUGGUCAGAAUGGAAAAAAUUUUGGAACAACUUCUGUAGCUCCUGCCGAAACGCCGAAAACAUCAUUAAAACCUUCCUUCAAACUGCUGUUCCAUGGGGAACCGCAUCCGAUCACGGCCGUCUGUCUCAGUGGUAUCCAAGAAAAAAACAUUGUAGGUGUAACUUUUGUGGAGGAACAGCAUUACAAAUUUUUCUGGCAUGACAGCAAAAACCUGUCAUGCGCAGACAGUACGUGAAAACGCCCUUUCAUGGACCCUAAACUGCAUGCCAAGCAUGACAGACGCAAUCAUCUUGCAUGUUGCGCAUCACAAAUUUACACUAACAAGGUUUUUUUCUUGGAUAAGUGGCGGAGGGUUUCGCGGACACUUGACCGCGAUCGGAUUCACGCAAGCAUUGUUUACCACGCUGGCUGGUGGCAGUGGUGCUGGUGAAGUUCUUGAAGACAAUAAAAAUGUUGUCAACACGACCCCCGGUCGUCGUGCUGGUGUCAACAACUACACUAACACUAUCGAAGGCAAGUGGCCCGAGUAUCUGACCGGUGUUUCGUACGGAUCUGUCAGGAUUGAAAUCGUCAAACUUGAAAUCAUUUGUCAUGCAUAAAAUGCAACGCAUGAAGCGCCUCUCUUGCCGGGAUGGCAAGUGAGGCAGACUGUGAGCCUAUUUAGGAUCGUUUGGGAUAGAGCUGCUGAAGGAGCAUGACAAAAGCGGUCUUCUGUGCCCAAACAGCAUGACAAAUGGGACUCCGGUGCUCCGAGAAUUUGUCAUGCGCCGCUUGGAAAUGGAUCUUCCAACUGGUAUCCAUUUUAUGCAUGACAAAUCACUUCAACUUUGUCGAUUUCAAACCUGGCGCUUCCAUAUUUCGGGUGGCGCUUGGGCCGUAGCGAAGCUCUUGUACGGGGCCGAGAGUUAUCCAGUGCAAAAGUAUCGUACUCGUCUAAAUGCAAGUCUUGCAUCACAAAUCUUGUUCCCAAGGCAGAUCAGCAUUACAAAUCUUAUUUCUCAUGCUGAGGAAAUAAUUUGUAAUGCAUUUAUACGAGUACGAUACUUUUGCAGUUCAUAAGAGUCGGUUGGCAGACAAGGACGGUCGCCGCUGGGAAGAUUUUGCUUCUGCAGAAGCAGACGAACUGCAGAAAAUGAAUCGGUCUCUACAGCAAGAUUACACCAUCCCACACGACCACCAGGAGCCCACUCUCAUGGCAGAGCGUCAGUUUCUGCGCAAUGUCGCCCUCGUGAAAGAAGAGGAGCCACGGCAUGGCUACAGCAGAAACAACGCACGACGCAACCACUUCGAUGGUACUUCCAUUGACACUCACGAACUACACAAUCACAACCGUGCGGCGCGCAACGCGAUGCUGAUCAGGUUUUUCGGAGGCUUAACCGUGACGGAAUUGCGCCAAUUGCUUUCCAAAACACGCAAGUCUUCACGAUUACUAGGCGUGGUGCGAAGAUUUUCAUUGGGAAGAGGGCGUCGAUCUUCAGACGACCCGGGCGGGGCAAAUAAAACUACCUCGCGAGUUGUUGAGGCCGCUGGAGUGGACGAGAGUACUACAGAUGACGAGAACAACAUCAUCAUCCCUGAUGCUCUUGAGAAUACGGGCCCCGCCGCGGCCGAAAUCGAUUCCACUCUGCCUCCUGUCUACGACCUAUCGAAGUCGAAUUUAAUGGGCACCUUCGCCGCUGGGAUUCUGCAGGGCCAAGCACUGGCAAAGGUGGAAAGGAAUUGGAAUCGACAUUUGCUGCAGACAAGGAAUAAUGAUACUAAUUACGAUGAAAACGACCUUGAGCCACUGAUAGACACCGCACCCGUCAAACUCCUCGGCGCCACCGCUCCGCAGUAUCCUGAGUAAAAACGUACCCACACCAGAGUUGUCAUGCAGAUCUGCAAGCACAAGAGCAUUUAUAAUGCGCAUCCCCAUGAGAGGCAUUUCCCAUCGUGUUUUGGAAGUUGUAAUGCUGUCAACAGGAUAAGGAGAAGGAUUUGUUAUGCGCCUUCCCUUGCGAAACGGCAUUACACUACAGCCUGCAACUUGUCAUGCGUGGCUCCCAAAACUUUCAGGUUUGUGUUGCAAAAUCCCCAUCUUGACUCUGGGGUCGGGGUGGGGAUGUUUUUACACAGGAUACGCAGCCGAUCAUCGUCACCUCGAUCGGUAAAUGGAGCAAGGGAUGUAUCCAGGAAAAAAACUGUGUAAGUGUAACUUUGUAGGAAGAACAGCAUCACAAAUUCGCUUUGCAGUACAGGGAGAACCUGUCAUGCGCAGCUAGCACGUGGAAACACGUAUGAAAGUUGCCUAUGAUGCACACCCAGCAUGACAAGCGUAUACAGUUAUGCAUUUCUUGCAUCACAGACAUUUUCAUUUACACAGUUUCUUUCUUGUUGCAUAGGAUGGCAACGAGCGACGGCAAAGAACUCCGUGCUGCACAAGUACAGAUAUUUGCUGCUUUCCUUCUACCGAGACGGUUUCGCGGUGUCCGUGCCAGAAGACAAGGCGUUCGAUAAUUUUAAUUCGUGUCCCUCCGGAGGAGCAGGCUCGUGUCGUCCUGUCCGACUCCGACACGAAGUUCUUGUAGAUAAGCAGCCCUACACUUCCUCGAACUUCGCCACCUACCGCUCCAACUUCUCCGACCGUGUGAAAAGCGUUUUGCUUUUCCGGAGCAUAUCAAAUGUAAAAAUGUCUGGGUCUGGAAGAUUGCCAGGCUUGUCAUGCACAUUUUGCAUGACUCCUGAUGUCUGUGAUGCAUGCCCUAGCGUCACAGAUUUUGUGAGGGCUUCCUGAUGCCUAUACCGCAUGACAAAGGCUCUUCCCGUGUAGCAAAACUUGGACUCUCUUUGCUGCUCAUGCAAUGCAGAUUUUUUUAGAAUCCAAAAUCAGCGUGACAAGUUGGAUUCUUCCAGACCCAGACAUUUUUACAGUUGAUAGAGCAGGCAUUUUCAAGAGACAAAAACGCGACGUCCCGGCGUGCCCUCGGUUGCCCACGCGGUCGCGGCUAGUACGAAUGGCCCGGGGAAUGUUGGCGGACACUUUUUCUCACCGUUGCAGCUCGUCCGAAUGCCGCUCAAGAAUGAGGACACGACUGGUGGACGACGUCGUGAUCAUGCAGUUUCAGCAUCACAAGCCGCAAAAGUAGGGACUGCACCGGUAUGGGCUUCCUACAUGGACGGGGCGUACUUGGACAAUUCCGCAAUUUUUCCUGCUUUGCAAAACAACGCAUCCCGCCUGAUCCUUUGGAAAUGCGGGGAGUCAACGGUUUUCCAAUUGGAAAAAGCGGUUUCGUUUUUGGAAAACGAACUCGAGAGUUUAGCGGCGGAAAGAAGGAGAAGAACUACUUCUGGAAGUAGAGACAGGAGGACAUCAACUCCGCCUGUUUAUUUCGAUAGUGAUGAAGAAAUAUCAACUUCAAGCGCUCGCAACAUCAUCGACACGCUGACGCAAGGUGAAAUCACGAAGCAUUUCGUGGACGGGAGAAAGUCGUUGGUGCUUCGCGAUUACCUCUUCAAUGAGCUCGAUUUCCUUUCCCUCUUUGGCUUCAUGAAGACGGACAGUACCACCUUUGACCUGAGGCGGAGCCAAAUUUUCAAGCCGUCCGACUUGCUGCCGGUGCUGAAAGCCAUGCUGGCGGGUGUGAAAAGGAAUAUCAAACAUCAAGGCAGUGAUAGUGAAAAUGAUUUUGGUACAGGCGGUUCUUCUGUACCGAUCAAAAACGAAAAACUCCCCGUCGUCACAAUGCGUCUGCGGACGGUGGCAAACAAGUUUUACAAAAUCCCGAAAAACCGCAUCUUGACCGUCACCUUUGCCAGCGCGCACGCAGAGGAGGCGGAGAUGGAGGCAUUUUACGCGUAUGUUGGGAGGUUGGUGCGUGAAGUUGAUGCUGGCACUUCGAGGGCUACAACUUCUCGGCGAGGAUUAAUAUCAGACCUCGCCAAAAUCGGCAAGGCCUUCACACAAAAACAUUGCGGCAGCAGGGUUUUUCCCAAUGGGUUUUGGUCGAUGGUUUCGGAGCCGCGGUCGGAAAUCUGUGGACGCCUGUACUUCGAGCUUGGACGCUUUUUUCCGCUCGGGGACGGGCAUUUGCAGAUGAAAAUGAAAAGGGACGGGAUGAAAGACGACGACAAGUCCUCGUCUUCUUCUGUGUGGCAGAAUCACUGGAGGGCGAACGUGGCAAAAAAUGCGUGGGGCCAGCCUGGCUUCGUGGAUCUGGUGCAGAGGACCUCCAGGGGUGGACGAGAGUGAAUUGGACAGAUAGAAAUUGAUUUAUACAUCUCCAGCAUGGUGCGCCAGCUGCAGCUCUCUUUUCAACAAAUGCGUGCGAACUCGCUGGAUGUAAGAUUUUUUGCAAAAUAAGUAAGUAUAUUUUCUUUUCUUAUGCCUGGAUAAUUUUGAUUUUUAAUGAUCAUACAAAAAAGGUUUCAGUUGUAGGAUUUUGCAGCUAUAUCUGCUUUGUAGGAUAAUUCCGAGAAAAAAACUCGUUUGACAAAAUCACCGAUAGAAAAAAUUAUUGAAAGAGAUGAAGAUACGAAAUCGAAGCGUUGCAUGAGGAUAUUUAGUAGAGCACUUGAAAUAGAAGAGACCUAUAAAGCAUUUGCUUUUUUCAUCAGUAGAAAUCUGUUGUUUCAUCAAUUUGUAUUUGGCGAACACUCCUGUAGCGAAUGCGAAAUAACCAAUGCAUAAAUUGCAUUGGACGGUUGAUGCGCUUCACCAGGAAGACAGGGGACAUAUCUAGCUGCCCUUUCCGUUGAGUUUGAUUUGCUAGUCAAAAGCUGACGAGUACUAAAAUAGGCGGUGUCCAUCGUAGUCUUUAGUCAUAUUUACCAUUACCAAAUACAAGUAGACCGUUUACACCCUGUCUUGGCGACGUGUACCCGACCACCCCGGUAUUCUUUGACGAUAAGUGAUUUUUUUACCCUACAGUACAACUAUUCCCCGAACUCUC